CCUUCUAUUACAUUGAUACAUUAUUAUUAUUAUCUCUAUUAUAUUAAUAUCAAUUUCUUAUUCACAUGCGGACCAAUGAGGAUGAAACUUGGGAUGAUCUGGAUAUAAAAGACAAUAGUUUUUUGUAUCAUACUAGUAGAGGGAUUUAUUCUUAUUACCCUGACAAGGAUCUCGCCCGUGCUUGCCAAAGAUUACUUAGUCCUUCUAUUUCUGAUGACGACGAUACUGUUUCCACUACAACAAGUAUAUUCUCUGACAAGUUUUCUGUUGACGAACAAGACCUUUCAUUCUCUGAUUUCCAACAUUCACCUGAACCUUCUUCUUCCACCUCCUCAUACGUUGGAUUACCCAUUCCUCAACAACAAGCAUCGACUAUUCAUUCAGUUUCUUCAAGACAACCCAACAACAACAACAAACUAUCUGAAUUACUAAAGGGAUAUGAUGGACCUGGCACAAUCACUCGUUUGGGUCAUCCUGGCGGACGCGUUCAUACUGACAAUGGAGACUGGACUGAAGAUUUGGACCUACCUACUGCUUUGAAACUACCUUCAGCUAACUCACCAAGUAAAAACAGCAAUGAAUCAACCCGAAAUCAAGCUACCUCUUCUUUGGACGAUGAUGGCGAUGACGAUCCAUUUGCAGACCUUUUAGAUGAUACCGAUAACAACGAAUCCACUGGACAAACUACAACUGGAAAGAAAAGUGUCCGUUUUGAUGACCGAUCUUUAGCCACCACCAACAAAUCAUCAUCAUCAACAUCCUUAUACCAACCUGCAUGGAAAGAGGAAGAGGACGAUGAAGGAUUUGACGAUAUUGAUAUUCCCAAGAAUAUUGGUUCGCUCACCAUCAAAUCUCAACAUAAUCAACCUACGAUCAACACCAUGGGUAGCAACAGCAAUACAUCCAAGAAAAAACCAACUUUGAUGACACCUCUUCCUUCAGCAAUUCAAAAACAUCUAAUUCAAUUCAAAGAAAAGGACGAGGAUGAUUUCAUGAAUGGAUUGGAUAUAAAGGACGGUGAUAUAUUCAAAACAAUAACAAGCUCCAAGAAAGAAAAGCAAACGAUUGAAAGCAAGUUACCACGACCAAAGCAAUACCAACACAAGUUACCUCCUUCUUCAUUUAACUCUUCCUGUUCUUCGUCCUCCCCGGCAUCAAACAAGAAAGUUGCUUACGAAAAUAGACUCAAUCGACUGACCGCUCCGACUUAUGCAUCAAGACAACGUGGUACAAACAAUACUUCAACACCAACAACCCCCACUACAUCCUCAUCCACAUUACGCUCCCGACAAAGCAAUACACAUUUACACCAUGAUUAUACUGCAACAUCUACCAAAACUCCCACCACUCCUCGACCCACUUUUUCCAGACGUCCAUAUUCUACUAACAAUAACAGUAGCAAUACUAACAAAAAAUCAAAAGGAACAGUGACCUUCUUACGUUCUGGUGAUGGCUCAACUUUGAUAACACGACCUAGAUCUGCACAUCGCAUUAUUUACGGAAAUGGAUCUGAAUUGGAUCAUUUGGACGAUUUGGCUGAUUGGAAAAGACCUAGUUUUACUUCAAGAAUUACCACUGCUCCAUCAACAGGCGGCAAGCGAAGUGCGUUCCUUGACCAACCAGUUAACAAGAAACCAGAACCUUCUAAACCAUGGAGAUGCAAUAUGUCAAAACGCAAGAUGACAUUAAUCAAGCCGAACGAAAGAAAUGUGGCAAAAGAAAUCAACGAUAUGAAAUACGAUGAACGUGAAAAACGAUGGCAAGGCAAUGAACAAGCGAUCCAAUCAUUUGAUGCACCAGCAAAACGACGUCCUGCUUUGGUGAAAAGCAUGACACAAUCACGAACGGCGAAAUCAACAAUGGCAAUGGUGGUAGGCAAUAUGACAUUUGAUCAUCAACGGAUGACCUGGACUACCCGAAAUAGCGCGGAUGAAGAAAAUGUUUUGGCUCACAUUGCUGAUUUGACCGACAAUAUUGAACAACAGCAACAGAAGCGUCCAUCCUUAACAACAUCUAUCAGCACUACUGAAGAUUUCUCUAAGACGAUAUUACCAGCAACAAGCAUCCACAAUACACGCCAUCAUUCAUCCGCCAUACAUUCUGAUGACAACAUUCGUUUAGAUAACAGCAACAAUUCCUUUCCUUCUUCUACCUCUUCUUCUUCUUCUUCCUCCUCGUUGUUGGCACCAGUGACAAGAUCCUUAUCAUCAACUUGUAUAACCAAUACAAUACCCUCUCCUACUGAAACAACAACAACGGCAUUCAAGCACUCUUCUUUACAUUAUCGUCAUGAUCAUCACUCUUCAGUAACUAGUUUAUCUGGAACAUCGGAAUUCAAUCUGCCUGUGGAUAUACAACGAGCAAUGCGCGAUCAAGAAGAAGAUCAUAAUACCUUUUUACAAGCUUGGCCAUUACGUAAUGAAUGUGAAAUGACUACCACCAGUUUUGGACAUGAUGUACCUCAGCAUACCUAUAUCCUAUAUUGAUAGUUAUUUAGUUAAUAGAAUAUUAUUAUUUUUCACUCCUUUUUUUUUUAUUGAAAUAAAAAAC